AUGCCUCGCGUUCGCAACCCCAUCCUGCCCGGCUUCCAUGCCGACCCUUCCGUCCUUCGGGUCGGCAAGGACUACUACAUUGCCACAUCCACGUUUGAAUGGUACCCGGGCGUCCAGAUCUACCACUCGACCGACCUCGCCGACUGGACGCUCGUCAGCCGGCCGCUCAACCGCGCGGCGCAGCUCGACAUGCGCGGCAACCCGGACAGCUGCGGCGUGUGGGCGCCGUGCCUGACGCACGACGGCAGCGAGUUUUGGCUCGUGUACUCGGACGUCAAGCGCAAGGACGGCAGCUUCAAAGACUCGCUCAACUACAUUGUGCACGCGCCCACCAUCACGGGGCCGUGGUCGGACCCCGUGUUUGCCAACGCCUCCGGCUUCGACCCCUCGCUGUUCCACGACCCGGACGACGGCCGCAAGUGGUUCGUCAACAUGCUGUGGGACCACCGCCGGCGGGCAGGCGGGCCGCAGAACCGCACGGCGUUUGCGGGCAUCGUCUUGCAAGAGUUUGACCCCAAGGCCGGGCGCCUCGUGGGCCCGCGCAAGAACAUCUACGGCGGCACGGCCCUCGCCCUGACCGAAGGCCCCCACCUGUACAAGCGCAACGGCGUGUUCUACCUGCUGACGGCCGAGGGCGGCACGGGCUACGACCACGCGGUGACCCUGGCGCGGUCGACGAGCGGCAGCGUGUGGGGGCCCUACGAGGAUCACCCGGACAAGUACAUCCUGACCAGCAAGGACCACCCGCUGACGGCGCUGCAGCGCGCGGGCCACGGCGACAUUGUGGACGUGGAGCAGCCGGACGGGUCGCUCAAGCCGUACGUGGUGCACCUGUGCUCGCGGCCCGUCACCCAGAAACGCCGAAACGUCUUGGGCCGCGAGACGGCCAUCCAGCCGGCCCACUGGGGCGACGACGGCUGGCUGUACCUGGACAACGGCAUCCUGCCCUCACUAUACGUGGACCUGCCCGGCGCGCGCGACGACGACCCGGCCACGAGCGCGUACUGGCAGCCCACGACGUACACGUGGAAGGACGCGGACCUCGCGGCGGUCGACUACAGCGCCAUCAACGGCGCGGUGGCGUCCAAGCUGCACCCGGACCUGCAGUGGCUGCGGCUGCCGGACCCGUCGCGCCUCUUUUCGAUUGCGGGCGGCCAGCUCGUGCUGCACGGCCGCGAGUCCAUCGGGUCGUGGUUCGAGCAGGCGCUCGUGGCGCGGCGGCAGACGCACUUUUCGUACGACGCCGAGGCCGUGCUCGACGACUACCAGCCCGAGGACGAGCGCCAGUUUGCCGGGCUGACGGUGUACUACAGCCGGUACAACUUUUUCUACUUGACCGUGACGGCGGCGACGCCCGAGGACGCGGGCGUGUUCCCCAAGGGCGACCAGAAGCCCGGCCGCGAGCUGCAGCUCCUGACCUCGGAGGUGUCGUUUCCCAACGGCGCGCUCGAGACCCCGCUGGCGCCGGGCGUGCCGCUGCCGGCCACGGGCAAGGUACGGCUGGCGGCGCAGGUGCGUGGCGGCCAGAGGCUGCAGUUCCUGUACGCGACGGAGGCGGACCCGGAGCUCAAGCCGGUGGGCCCCGUGUACGACGCGUCGAUUGUGUCGGACGAGUGCGGCGGGCACCCGGUGCACGGCAGCUUUACGGGCGCGUUUGUGGGCAUGGCGGCGACGGACCUCAACGGCACGGCCCUGGACGCGCGGUUCGACCAGUUUGUGUACCGGCCGCAGCAUGACCCGCUGGACCGAGAAGAUGGCUCGCAGAAAAGGGAGAGGGAGGUACUCACCGAUCAGGAUGGUCGUGCCGUUGGCGUAGUCGGCGCGCACGGCAUACAGGUAGGCCUCGGCAACGUGGUCGGGCGUCGCCACAAAGCCGACACUCAGCGCCUCGCCGCCCUUGCGGAACGUCUCCGCCUGCGCCUCCUUGCUCUGGCCCAGCUUGUCCCACAGCUCCGUCUGGACCAGGCCGGGCACCACGGUGUUGACGCGCACCUUCUUGUUCGUGCCGCCCGGCGCGCCCUGGGCCAGCUCGACGGCCAGGCCCUGGGUCAGGUUGAUGACGCCGGCAUUGAGCGCGCCGCCCAGCACGGCGCCGGGGCGCGCGCGCAGGGCCGCGGCGCCGGACGUGAGCGUCAGGGAGCCGCCGGGGCGGAUGAUGUCGUGCUUGACGAGAAUCUUGCCGACGACGAUGCUGCCCCAGAACUUGACGCCGAACAGGUGCUUGGCGUCGUCCAGGUUGGCGUCGGCCAGGGGGCCGCGGAUGAUCUGGUCGACGGCCGAGAACACGACGUGGUCCACGGGCGCCAGGGCCUGCAGGGCGGCCGUGAAGGCGGCCUCGUCGCGGACGUUGGCGACGACGCCGGCCGGGGCCACGGCGGACGCGCCGCCGACCUCAACGGCCGUCUUGCUGAGCCGCUGGACGGCGUCGUCGACGCGCGCCUGCGACGACGACACAAUGGUGACGUGCGCGCCGACGGCAAUAAACGCCUCGGCGGCGCCGAAGCCGAUGCUGUUGCAAAGGGUCAGUUGUGUGCGCUGUGUGCAUGGUGCGCACGGCGCGCGGAACUCACCCCGACGAGCCGCCAAUGA